GUGCAUAUACCCAAGCCAGGAUCAUGGCCAGAAUGUAUGCGAGGGAAUUAUGGGACAAUAGCAACUAGCAAACCAACUCCAUUUCCAACAACCAAACAACCAUGUGUACCUUGUGUCAUUCCCCCAAACUGCCCUGUUCCACAGCCAUGCCCAACACAGUGUCCAGCACCAUGCCCUCCAGUGGCUACUACCCUAGCAACAACAGUAUCGCCAGUUACAACAGUAACAUCAGCACCUCCGCCUACCACAACAUCAACAUCAGCAGCUCCGCCUAUCAGAACAUCAACGACAAAUUCAACUACUACCCCAUCACCUCCACCUCCACCACCAACACCCACCCAGAAACCAUGUGUUCCUUGUGUCAUUCCUCCAAACUGCCCUGUUCCACAGCCAUGUCCGGCAGAGUGCCCAGCACCAUGUCCUCGUCCAACAACAACAACCAUCCCAACAACAGAAGCACCUCUAACAACAGAGAAACCUCCCCCUUCUACCACAAAACCGCCCCCUCCAGUCACACAACCAAAGCCUCCUUCCACUACAAAGCCGCCACAGACAACAGAAAAGCCAAGUCCAGUUGUAUUGACAACAACGCCAACGCCGAAGGUUGUCUUAACGACAACCCCAAAGCCUCCUCUCGUCUUUACAAGUAAGUUAAUACAGUGCCAUUUUUUGUGGGAUUUUGUUCUGACUGUGCAAAAUUGAAAAAUCUAGGAUUUUUUUCAGAAGAAUUUAAAAAUUGGGAGUGGUUUUGACGGUUGUCAUUCCUGCGAGGAAAUGAUUGAACUACCACAAGUGUCUAAAUCAUCACAUAUUAAAAUGUAAUUUUGCACUUGUCUCCAUUAACUUUUGAGUUAAUACCAACCUUCUGUUGUUUGUCAUUAUAUCAUCAUGUCGAGCUGUUUUAAGGCUUUGUCACCUGUCAGAAUUUAACCCUGACUGGCUUCAGUUCUUCAUUAAGGGUUAAAAAAUCAUCAUUAUUGUACCUGCAUGUUUUGAUUAAACACUGGCUAAUAAUUUCUUUUGUAAUUUUUUAAUCAUAGCUCCAAAGCCUCCAGGUAAGAAAACUAAUACUCCAAAUGUUUUCUUAGUAUUAUUACUUUUGUGUUUUUCCUAAUUUGUAUGUUCUUGCUGUUUAAUUGAGCUUUCAAAAUGGAUAAUAUUAUUUUGACUGAAAUGCACAUGUUGUUUCUAUGCAAAAUUCUAAAAUUUUCUUUUUUUCUUGCACUCCACGAAAAGCCCUUAAAUAAGUCAUGUUUGACAUAAUUUUGAUAAGUAUCUUAAUACAAUUUUGAGAUUCCAAAGUAAGAGUUAGUGCACUGCAAUGUACAUGUAUGUUAUAUGAAUUGAACUUCACAAGUCUUGCAAUGACAUGUUCCAAACUCCAGCUCAUACUCAGAACCAAAAUUUAAUUAGAAUUUAAUCAAGUGGUGUUUUAUAUGCAAGAGAUGGACAAACUCUGUGGGUAAAUGGAGAGAUCAUUAUAACUUCAUUUGUUAAUGUUUUAUUUACUUUUACAUAUUACACAUUCUAGUAAAUGGCAACUACACUGCGUGGAGUGCAUGGGAGGAAUGUUCAGCUACUUGUGGUGGUGGAAUACAGCAACGAGUGAGAACAUGCACUUAUCCAUCACCUGCAAAUGGAGGAAAGGACUGCACAGCACUGGGACCUGCAGUGGAGACAAAGGAUUGUAACUCACAGCCUUGCCCAAGUGAGUAUUCAAGGCUGUACAUGUGCUCAGAGACAAAUUACAUGUACAUGGAGCCCAAUGCUUUGAACCUGGAAAUCCAGGGUAUCCAGAAUAUGAUAAUUAUCUUGUGAAAAAACUAAGAUUUCCAAGUCGUCCAAGAUCAAAAGUGUAAGGUGCAAGGGACCAUGAGCAUAAUAAACAGGCUGGUAAAUGUAGCUCAAAUAACAAAAAACGUCUACAGUAUUACAUAAUGUUAGUGUUUUAAAUUAUCAAAGCUUAUAGAUAAAAGAGGAAGUGACUGUGCAUGUUUGUCAGCAUGUCAUUUAUUUGUUUAAUAAAAUUUAUUGCCUGCUUACGGUCAUGUUGUGCCAUUUCAGUUGAUGGUGGGUACAGCAACUGGGGUUCUUAUACAUCCUGCAGUGCAACUUGUGGGGGAGGGGAACAAGUUAGAACAAGACAGUGUAACAACCCCACCCCACAGUACAAGGGAAAAGACUGUAAAUGGAUUGGACCAGCAAAUGAAACAAGAGCCUGUAAUACCUUCUACUGUCCAAGUGAGUUGAGAACUAGUGUUUGUUGCAGUAACUGUCAUUGUCGUGACACUGGACUGGAGGCUUAUUACUUUUACAUGUAUCUUGUCAACCAAAGAGAGAUCGUGGUUCAUAAUGGAUAAUGUUGCCAUCACUUUUCUUCUCGUCAUCCUAGUGUAGCUUACAAGACCUAAUUUUGUUCUGAUAUGUUUUGCAAUGUCCUAAACUUGCCAACCUUACAGACAAUGCAGUUACAGUGAAUGUGAUCGGCAUGUCGUAAGCAAACUCUUUUUUCAGCUAAACCAGUAUUUCCUCUGUCUCCUACAGUUUGUAUGAAUAAUAAUUAGGGCUAGAGGACAAAAGAAAUUUUGAAUCAAACCAGGUUAAGUACUGGUUUAAAGGGAGAAUGGAUUUAACCUACAACAUAUUAUAUUUAAUUAUGUAAAGUAUGGAAAAUGUUACUGUAUGCUGUUUUGAUUACUUCCUUGUUAAGAACAAGCCUUAUGCAUAAUGAUUAUUAUCUUAAGGCACAAUCCUGGGCUUCUCUAUUUUCACAUUCACCUCUGUCAAACUUUCAUCAGAAACUUGUGGCGACGAAUCCAGUACUGCUUUCUGUUUAGUCCCUCCUUCCCAGACCAUGGCUUCUGUAAUCGAAGGGUUUUAAACGAAUGUUAGCAACAUAUUCUUUUGUUAUAACAUUUUUGCAGUUGAUGGAAAUUACACUGAAUGGUCAGAAUUCCAGGCUUGCAGUGUGACUUGCGGCAAAGGGAUUCAGGCUCGCUCAAGAAGUUGCACCAAUCCACCUCCUCAGCAUGGGGGAAAGAAUUGCUCGGCUUAUGGGCGCCCUGUGGAAACAAAGGAGUGCAACUUAAGAAAAUGUCCAAGUAUGGAUAUUAGCAAGUUUUUGCUUUCUGUUAAUAUGUAGCAUCCACUCCCAAAAAAUAAUAUGUUGAUUUUUUAAAAUUUGGAAGUUUAGUAGCAGCUCCUUUAAGUUUCACUCACUGAAAGGUCUCCCAACCUUGGAGACAAAGAUACAGUGUACGUUGUGGAUAAAAUGGAGAAAUAAUGUUCGUUUAUUAUAAUUUUACAUGUAUAAAUUAUGGCUGAAUUAGCGAAUGGCGAAUCCUGUGUUUUACAAGUAGUUGGCUACCACAGUGGGGUAAGAUGGUCCCAUAUCACCCACUUGGAAUUUCCUGCGUUGGUCCUGCAAUAAAAAGUUCUCUUUGUGGCCAUAAUAAUAAAUCCCUUUUUGACCAAGCUUGUUCAGUCAAAAUGGGUAGAUAACAUAAUAUAACCAAGGAAUAUAUGAUUAUGAUUUUGCUACUUUGUUUUCUUCAGUUGAUGGUGGUUACUCUCCAUUUACCAACUGGUCUGACUGCACUGAAACUUGCGGAGGAGGAGAACAAAUAAGAACUCGGACAUGUACCAACCCUCCUCCUCAACACUUUGGUAAGGAUUGCUCCAAGGAUGGACCUGAUUAUGAAAAAAGGAAAUGUAACACUCAAGAAUGUCCAGGUAAGCUGGAGUUUAUAUAAGCUCAAUAGCACAGAAUGAUCCCAACACAAAGCUGGACAAAAGAGUUUUUGUUUUUUACUUGAGUGUGUGGAGAUCAUGUCACCCUGGUAUGUGAAAGUUAGUAAACUGUUUACAUCUACAAACCAUGAUCCAUACACAUCCAUGGGAAUUGUAGAACUAAAAUGAAAAAUCCAAGGAUCAUCCUUUAAUGCUACUCAACGUGGUUGUCAAUUCAAAAGACAUUAAAGUUUUUGUAACGUGAAAAUAAUUACAUUCAAAAAAGCAUGUAAGUAUAAAACAUACUCUACACUGAAAUGACAUCUGAUGAUUGCGACAGUGUAAUUGCCAACAUCAAGUCUGGUACAUUUGCAUUGCAUAUGUUACAGGUCAGCAAAAUCUUUUUGUUGUGGUGCAUUAUUCAGUAUGACAAAAUUUAUGGUUUGUUUCUUUUUCUUUCAGUGGAUGGUGGUUUUACACCCUACUCCAACUUCUCUGCUUGUAGCAAGACCUGUGGAGGUGGAAUCCAGUCUCGCAUGCGAUCCUGCUCCAACCCUCAACCACGUUAUGGUGGGAAGAACUGUACUGGAGACUACAAAGAGGCACGCGAGUGCAAUACACAGCCUUGUCCAAGUAAGUUUGUUUUAUGAGGCACAUAAUGAAUUGGAUCUAAUGAUUCAAAAAUCUGGGAGUAAUGAGGUCGAAAUAUCUUGCCUCCUCAUUAUGGGUAGGGGUGAGGUCAUCUGGAAAAAUACACCGACAUGACGUGGACUGGACAACAACAUAACUGUUUCUGAAUUUGUACUCUUUAGUGACUGACUUGCACACAUGUCUGGGCCCAGUUGUUCGAACACCAGUUAGCGCUAACCGUGGUUAAAUUUUAACUUGGGUUUCUUUAUCUUUUUAUCAAAAGCACUCUCUUGGAUAAUUUUCUCUCUUCUUUUUAGGGUAGCCAAUCAUCAAAUCGUAGGCAAAGAGAAUGAAUUAACUGAAUUUGCUUUUUAAGCUCUCAUAUCUGAGUUCAAAUUUUGCACUAACCCUGGGUUUAAUCUUAACCCAGCUUCGAACAACCCGGUUCUGGUGUUUAUAUACAUAUUAUACAUUUAAUAGCUAUUUUUGUGAAAUGCAGGACAAAACAAAACCUUACUUUGACCUUUGUGCUAAUAUGAUUAUCACUUAUUCAUUAGGUGUAGGCUGGCCAGCACCAACUCUCUCCUGAUGUGACAAGAUCUUCCCAAAGCCACGCAUACAUGAAUAGCAUGAUAUUUGUAGAAUAUUGUUUAGGCCAUUUCAAUACACAUUUAAUGAGCAGAGAGGUGGUUUCUAGUUAAUAAUAGUUUGUUUAUGAAUACAGGCUGUAGCUAAUGACUAGCUGACAACUUGGUAUUUGAUUAUUGGUUUUGAUUUCUGUGUCUUAAAGUUGAUGGAGGUUAUGAUGAAUGGGGAAACUAUUCUGAAUGUUCUGCAACUUGUGGUGUUGGAAAUCAGGUGCGGAUGCGCACUUGCACCAAUCCGGUACCACAGCAUGGAGGAAAGCCUUGUAUGGGCUCACAUUCUGAGUCCAGAGAAUGCAAUACACAGCCCUGCCCAGGUACUACUGUAAUACUAUACUGAUGUUCUACCUUACAGAUUUUUUUUAAGUGAAGUAGGGUUAUUGAAGUCUUUUUUUGAAUACUUACAGUAUUACUAAGAAAUGAAUCGUAUAAAUUAAUGUGUUGCAACAGAUUUUUCUAGACACUUCCCUUAUCAAAUUGAAGAGUAUUCACAAAAACAGAGUUCUGGUGUUGCUCUUGUUUAUGGGACUUAUUUGAACUGUAUACUAAGUGUCAUAAAUCAAACCCAACAUUCUUUUAAUGGUUAAAGUGGAUCAUUCUGAUUAUAUGAUAAUACAAAUAGACCAGGAGAAAUUAUACCAACUCAAACAAAUUUGCAUUUGUAACUCCCUGAUUGCCAGAUUGAUAUUAUUUGUAAUUUAAUUGGUAACAUUAGUUUACAUCUUAAGUGUUAAAUUUUUGGGCCCAAAAUUUAUACAGUCACAGGUACAGGUACAGGUACAGGUACAGUGUAUGGCUGAAUUCACUGGAUGCAAAAAGGACUUUAAAAGAUCAAAACUUUAAUCCUAGUCAAUCCUGAAUUUUUCAGGUUUUUUUGUAUGGUUUAAGUUAUUUAUUUAACAACAAGAAACAGCAUAAAAAACGUUUUAGGUUAUGACUGGUCUUUUUUCAUUUUUAGGUAAUGGUGGGUAUACACAAUGGACAGAGUUUUCUUCAUGUAGUGUAUCAUGUGGUGGUGGAAUGCAACAAAGAACAAGAGAAUGUACCAAUCCUGCACCAUCAAAUGGCGGCAAAGACUGCAACCUGCUUGGAGCAGCAUUUGAGUCAAGAAACUGCAGUUCUAACCCUUGCCCAAGUAAGAGUUUGUCCCUUGGUCAAAGUUUGAUCUGAUUAGUUAAAAUGUUCCACGGGUGUCUUUGCUACUUAGCUUUACUGACCAAAAUUGAAGUAUGCCUGGCCAAAAUUAGUAAGUUAAUGACAAGUGGCAAGCAUCACGUGGAUUCCAGCUUACAUUCACAGUUGAUGGUUUGGGACUAAAGUAGUUGAUUAACUGGUCAUAUCUAACACUGUAGUAAAAAUAGUGUGAAAGUGAUCAAAAAUCACAUAACGGUAAUAACAAACUGUUCUUCUUGAAGGCCACAGGGGCAAAAUGCACAUGCAUUGGGUUGAAAAGCAUGUUAGGAGUUUUUACUUUAAUUCCGAUCAUCUCAAGUUAACAUUAUCCUUGAUAAUGACUUGCUUGUACUUCAAUAUAGUCAAUGGUGGAUAUACAGAGUGGUCUAAGUGGUCAUCUUGUAGUGUUACCUGUGGAGGAGGAACAAUAAAGAGGCAAAGAAAUUGCACCAAUCCUUCACCCCAGUUUGGUGGCAAAGACUGCUCUGGGAGUGGACCAGAACUCCUCACCCAGCAAUGCAAUCCACAGAAAUGCCCAGGUAAGAUAAUAUGUCCCAUGCAGUUGUCUCUAUUAAUAGAGGCUGGUUGGGUGUCUCUUACAGUGUACCGUAAAAUUCUGAAAAUAAGCCCCUCCAUGUAUAAGCCCCUCCAAAUAUAGGCCCCCCAAUCUGGUAACGUAAAAAAGCCACCGUUAAAUCUCCCCUCCAAAUAUAACCCUCCUGGGGGCUUGUACUUGGAAAAUUGGCAUCAAAUACAAAGUAAAACAAAGCAAAAAUGGUAAAUUUACUUCCAACCAUAAGGCUAACCCAAUCGAUUUUGAAACACAAAUUUCCUUCAGUAGAUAAGCCCCUCCGAAUAUAAGCCCCUUAUUUUUGGAAUUUUACGGUAAUUUGAAAAUCCCCUGCUUUUGGACUGUAAGUGAGGACAUUAGAAGGUUGCUGAAAUGCCAUUUCUACACAUGAAGUAGUAUGAAAACAUGUUCCACUAUUGGCUACAAAAGCUCAUAUUUGCUAGUUGUAGCUUGAUUAGGGUUUACAAUGGUAGUAAGAGCUAUAAACAUCAUUUGAUAGAAAAGCAACAUUACUAUGAAUGUUUUUGAUUAUUGGUGUAUUAUUGAUUAAAUUAAUUAUUUUUAAGUCUGCUAGGGGGUAGCAUCACUUAACAGGUACUCUUCCAUUAAAGAAUAACAUGAUGAACAAUAUAAUGCUGUACAAUAAUAGUUACAGUAACUGUGAUUUGUAUUCAAUCACUAUGUUCUUUCCUGUAGUUAAUGGUGCUUACUCACCAUGGAGUGAUUGGACCCCAUGCACGGUGACUUGUGGUGGUGGUGAAUCAAUGAGGACUCGUCAGUGCACGAAUCCUAGCCCAGAGUUUGGUGGUAAAGACUGUUCUUCCCUUGGCAAGUCUACAGAGAUAAUGAAAUGCAAGAAUGAUCCAUGCCCUGGUAAUAGUUUAAAUUUUGUAGCCCCAAAUGUAGUUUUACAUGUACUUUUACAACAAGUUUACUAGUUACUACUACUCAUAACACACUAAGUAAUGGGUCAGAAGAAAAUUUGUAUCGAAACUGAAAAGUAUAAUUUAUUUACUUUACUAUUUGUAUGUUGAUCUGUAUACCUUACUCUUGAGGCUGAGAUGAUUUCCUUGUCUGUUUCAUAUAAUAAUAAUAAUAAUAAUAAUAAUAAUAAUAAUAAUAAUAAUUAUUAUAAUUAUAAUAAUGGUUUAUUAACAGAUCCAUUGGGUUGCUCCUCCCUGUUAAAUUACAUCAAUUACAAUUACAAAAUAAAUCAAAUUAAGUUAUUUACAAAUUAUACAAUAUACAAUUAAAAAUGGAAGCAGGAUUAACAGAAUCCAAUUACAGUAAAACUAACCAAUCACUCUGUACUCUGUUACUUAAAAAAUUCAUAUUUUUAUUGUUUAGUUAAUGGUGGCUAUUCGCUGUGGGGAGAGUGGACUAAAUGCAGUGUCACCUGUGGUAAAGGACAACGGAACAGGAUCAGGGACUGCAGCAACCCAGCACCAAGGUUUGGAGGAGCUGAUUGUUCUGCCUUAGGAGAACCUUUUGAGAGCAAAGAAUGCUACCUUAAAGUGUGCCCACCGGGAGGUAACGGUAAGUGUACUCAUUUGUCUAUGCAACUGUUAAUUUCAUAUCUUUGUGAACUGUAAGUGACCAUCAACACCUGGCUUUAUAUAAAGAANAGACUGUUCUUCCCUUGGCAAGUCUACAGAGAUAAUGAAAUGCAAGAAUGAUCCAUGCCCUGGUAAUAGUUUAAAUUUUGUAGCCCCAAAUGUAGUUUUACAUGUACUUUUACAACAAGUUUACUAGUUACUACUACUCAUAACACACUAAGUAAUGGGUCAGAAGAAAAUUUGUAUCGAAACUGAAAAGUAUAAUUUAUUUACUUUACUAUUUGUAUGUUGAUCUGUAUACCUUACUCUUGAGGCUGAGAUGAUUUCCUUGUCUGUUUCAUAUAAUAAUAAUAAUAAUAAUAAUAAUAAUAAUAAUAAUAAUAAUUAUUAUAAUUAUAAUAAUGGUUUAUUAACAGAUCCAUUGGGUUGCUCCUCCCUGUUAAAUUACAUCAAUUACAAUUACAAAAUAAAUCAAAUUAAGUUAUUUACAAAUUAUACAAUAUACAAUUAAAAAUGGAAGCAGGAUUAACAGAAUCCAAUUACAGUAAAACUAACCAAUCACUCUGUACUCUGUUACUUAAAAAAUUCAUAUUUUUAUUGUUUAGUUAAUGGUGGCUAUUCGCUGUGGGGAGAGUGGACUAAAUGCAGUGUCACCUGUGGUAAAGGACAACGGAACAGGAUCAGGGACUGCAGCAACCCAGCACCAAGGUUUGGAGGAGCUGAUUGUUCUGCCUUAGGAGAACCUUUUGAGAGCAAAGAAUGCUACCUUAAAGUGUGCCCACCGGGAGGUAACGGUAAGUGUACUCAUUUGUCUAUGCAACUGUUAAUUUCAUAUCUUUGUGAACUGUAAGUGACCAUCAACACCUGGCUUUAUAUAAAGAAGUUCCAAGUACUGUAAGCCAUUUUAAUAGCAAAGUAGAGUAACUUUACAUGGGGCUCAUUACAGCACAGCUGUUAAACAACACCACCAUAUCUUCCUUUCACACAAACAUUCUGGUGGAGAAGGAAUAAUGAUCUCAGUAGUUCACAUUUACAAAUUUACUGUUUGAAAAACCGAGGCUCAUUGAUUUGCAAGCCCUGCUCUUUUGUUAAUAUUUUCUCAAAAUUUUUUUAAAAAAUUGAUUUAGAAACUGGCUGGUCUGAAUGUUCCAAGACGUGUGGUGGUGGUGAAAAAUUCAAGAUGGUCAAUAAUGCCAAGCAAGUGUCACCAUGUAACACACUGCCAUGCCCAGGUAUUUGUUCUUCCAAUUUUGUACGUACAUGACUAUAUAUUUCACAAUUUAUAGAGGUAAUUGGGCUGGUGAAGUCCAGUUUGGUCGGUAGACACAUAAGUGAUUUAAUAUAAUUUGGUGAGUCCAAGUGGCACAAUAACAUUGUCUUGCUGCAAAGUGUUUGUACCUGUAGAUUGUAGGGAGAUUAAUUACAUGUAAACCUUAAUUCAGAGGUCCCAGGUUGUUAUACCCUCCAGAUAGUUUUGCACAGUACCCUUACUAGCAAGGCAUUUUGUUGAUAACGUUUCUUGCUCUCAUUCUUUCCAGUGAAUGGUGGUUUCACCCCCUGGAGCAACUGGACCGAGUGCACAUCAAGUUGUGGCGGUGGAAUCUCGUCAAGAUCACGCACUUGCACCAACCCCAUACCACUGUAUGGUGGGAAGUCAUGUGAAGGAAAGCCUGUGGAAAUUAAGGAAUGUAACUCAGAGCCUUGUCCUAAACCUAAGAGUAAGUGUCGUGGUGUUAAAAGUUUCUCACAAGUUUAACACACUUUAGGAAAAUAUCCCACCUUAAAUAAUUUACAUCUGUUUGUUGCACUUUCAGACAAUCAGUGUUAAACUAAAUUUCAUCAAGGGGGUGAACCGUGCCCAUCUUGGAAGGUCACAAAAAUGUUUGUUUGUUUGAGGCAAUGGAUAUCUUAACUUUUGCCAAUACACAAACCAUCUUACAAUGCGCGAACAGCUACAGUGUACUCGGGGAAAAUUGUUAGCGCACAUUCUGCAAGCAAAGCCUAUUGGCAUCCAAUUUUCUCGAUUAAUCAACUGGAACUUAGUUUAUACCAUAAUGGUACUUUCAAACAUAGUAAUAUAAGUUUUUUCUUUUCCGUUUUCUUUUUCUUUUUAGUUCCAAUUCGCUCAUGUCGUGAGUUUGCAGAACGCUGCAACAGCAAAACAGACGGCUUGUAUACCAUCUUCUUGCAGAAGCCAAACGCAGCAGAAACAGUCAAGGUAUUCUGCGAUAUGACACAUGAUGGUGGUGGAUGGACACUGUUGGUCACCAGUGCGAGCAACAAGGGCUGGACAAAAGACAAUGUCAAAAGCAGGUAAGAAUGAUCUUAUCUUUUAUGGAUGAUAAGUUCGUGGACGAGCUUAUUCAAGAUUGUGCGAGAAAAAAACUGCAAAAAGAGUGGUACUAAAUCUGCUGACAGGAAGGAAAGAAACCGAGAAAUUGAAAAGGUUUUUGUAGAAUGAUGGUAAAAAGACGAAAAGUGUUAAUGAAACAGUGUCAAGUUGUUUUUCUGUCGUGAUAUUGUUUGGACUAAAUUAAUUCGGGCUUUUUAGUUGUAGACGACAAAGUGUGGUUAGGACAUUAAUGACCAACUCGCUUGUAGCUCUUUGGCCGCUUGUUCCGUUCGAUGUCAUUAAUUUUGUGAAAACUUUCCAACAGUAUUCUUUACUUGUGACUGUUUUUUUUUUCGGAAAGAAACGAUCUCACAUGUUGGAUUCUCUUUGAUUUUUUAUUUGAAUCAUACAACCCGGCGAAAAGUUUAUAAGAAUUCACAGUAUAGGAAUCCUUAUCCGCUGAAUUGUUCACAAUCCAAAUAAACGGAAGCUAUUUCAAUUUCGCUUUUGAUCGUGUUCUGCCCUGAAGAAUGUGAUAUGUUUUUUCUUUAGAAACAUAGCUGAGCCUUCUCUUACCAAGGACUACUCAUUGUUGGACGAGGGUGAUACAAUCAAGUCCAUUGCUAUCAGUCCAUACUUCCUUUAUCGACUGGAAGCACGAGAGAGGGGUAGCAACGGUGCCAUCUAUCAGGCACCGGAAAGUUACAGGUUUGUUUGUUUGCUUGCUUCCUUUUAAUGCUUGGUGUGCCUGUGCUUUUUUCAGCGGAAACAGCCUAACUGUCCUUUAAUAUUUCAAAAGUUUUAUUUUGAGAAUGGUGGAUAAGACGUUGCCACACUAUUCUUGUAUUGAUAUUUUUCUUGUUUCCCCCUUUGUUAGCUUCACCUCCUCAAAUUGCGCGCUUAAUGAUGUAAGCGUUGUGCAGAAGUUUGGUUCGUGGUCCGAGGGCGACAAAGGUAUUGGUAAGCGUAUGCCAUAUCUGCCCUCUGAUGGUGACUUACUGCUAUCAACUUGUGACUGUAAAAGUGGCACCACAUUUGGGACGGUGGUGUCUCAAGCCGCUGAAUAUCAUCCAGCUCACUGGACAAGUGGUGAUUCAGAGAACCCAGGCAUUAUCUGGUACUGGGUUAAAGAGUCUUCGACUAUGUUGCAAGGUAUGGUGUGCAUACAUGAAGAAUUCGAUUCAAUAAGACGUUGUCGUAGCCUGUUCUUGGGCUUCGCCCCGUUUUUAUUCGCUGUUUAGUUCUUGCAGCCAGAAUCUAAGCAUGCGCCUGUAUAACAGCAGCAAAGUUCAGAAUUCUACAAGGCUAGGAAAAUUUUUAAUUGUUGUGCCUGCCAUAAUUUAGUGGCACAUUGAGAGGAGAAUGCGAGACCGAUGGCAUCUUUGUGUUCAAAUGACGAAGACGCUCUGCAGGUUUAGACUUGGACAUCCCAGACAAAGCCUAAGUGAUGAAAUGAUUCUAUAGAGCAAACAGAAAACAGACCUUGAUUGGUUUUGUUUUCAGUGAUGUAUUAGCAACCUUACAUAGAAAGUAACCUAAAGUUUAGUGUUUCGCUUGGUGGAUUAUUUAUUUUCUACACAACGAGUUUCAAAUCUUUUGAUAUAAUGAGCGGUAUUUUUGGAGUAUAGUGAAACAGAAUCCCGACAUACAUGUAGCACAUAUUGUGCUUUUUCCCCAGUUCCCUUGGCACUCUGUCAUAUCAAGUUCCCACUGCAGUUACUUUCUGUUAAUAGCAUUCUUCAAUGUUGUUUGAUAUUGUUCAUUUAAUUUUUUCUUCACUUCCUUUUUCUCUUUAUAGCUCCAGCUGGUGGAAAACCCGACCCCAUGUGUCCCUCUCCAGGUAUGCAAUAAAAAAUAUAAAAAACGUAUAACAAGGAAGUCUGCCCCGACCGGCUUCAUAACCAUAGGACUUUAACAACUGUGCUGUGGACUAGACACUCUUCCGAAUAUUUUUAACAUCAAAUUUAUUUUUCGGAAUUGGUCAUUUCGCCUUCUGAAAUCCUAGUCUUUCCAAAAGAAAAAUAUCAAGGCUUCGAUUGGUAAACGUUGACCUGUAUACUCCCCAAAAUGCACAGUGAAUCAGACCGUAAUUUCUUCUUCAUUUUGCAGUUCCAGGAGGUUAUAAUGAAUGGAGUCAGUGGUCUCCGUGUCCAGUGACUUGCGGAGGUGGUAAUCAAGUAAGGACAAGAAACUGCACAAACCCUGAACCGCUCAAUGGUGGUACAGACUGCUCUGCAAUUGGGGGGAACCUGGAAAGUAAGGUCUGCAACCAACAAGCUUGCCCAGGAGUGAAAGGUAACAGUUGUAAAAUUAUACAUUGCCUAUUGAUCUAAAAUGAGUGAUUUGAUACUUUGAUACAAUUUGAUACGUAAUUUUGCCUUAAGCACUUUGGUUUGGAAACAAGUGAUCGCGUGGUGUCUGUCUCACAUUCGUUACCUGCAGGCUCCUAACGGUUUAACCUGUUCGAAAUAAGUGUAUACAAUUGUUGUCACCCAUGAUGUCCUCCAGUAAUUUACUACCAAGCACUGACACUAAAUUCAUAGCCAAUAGCCCUUAUUAGAGAAGUGUUCGUUUUUCAGGGAUACAAAAUAUGUAAGACAGUUUAUGUCUUAACCUACUUUCUUUAAAACGGACUAACAAAAGAUGCCUGUCACCAACUUCUCACAUCUUGUCCACAUUUUUUUAAAGUCACUCUUUUGACAAUUGCACAUGGGUUUUUCUUUUGUAUGGUUCAGCCUCUUUUCCAGGCUUGUGUUUACUCAUCUAGACAAACGGUUUCUUUGAUAGUUGAUGGAAAAUACACCGAGUGGAGUCAGUGGUCAGAAUGCACAGCAACUUGUGGAGGAGGAACCCAAACACGUCAUCGUUCCUGCACUAAUCCCCCACCUCAGAACGGCGGGAAAUCCUGUCUUGAUCAAGGACUUGGUCCAGAGAUUGAGACCCAAAGCUGUAAUGUCCAACCUUGUCCAAGUAAGUUACACUGUUGUUGAAAUUUUAUAGAGCGUUUUAUAGAGCGUGAGUGGCACGCAGCUUUGCGACAAAAGAAAGCGUUUACAUACGAAAAGAGUUCAACUCCCACAGGAUUGGUUUGGGACACCAAGAUGGCCGCCGGGACGUCAUGUGUGUGAAAAGAGUAUAUAAAUAUAUCACAUUUAUGCCCUCCGUCACUGUAGUAGAGACAUGUGACAUAGUUUUUAACUCCUGAAUCUGUGGAUGGAAUCCAACAUUGAUACCCUACAAAUGAAACAUCUUCAGCAAUACUUUCACAUGGAAAUAUUUUAUAGUCACGUACAGAGUGGUUCCAAUUCGUCAGUCCGUGGAUGAAAUGCUGAUAUCUUCAAUGGUACUUUCACGUGGUGCUCGUAGUUUGCACGUUUUGAAGGAACUAACAAUUUUAAAAUCUUAUUGUUGCUUCCACUGAUGGUGUUUUCGGGGAGUUCUAGCUCUUGACAAAAUAGAGAUUCCGCAAUAAGUAGUUACCCUUAGAGAGUAAUAAACUCCCCGCCGGAAAAUCCUGUAUGCAAAAAAACGCAUGGCGACGAACAAUGCAACACAGGCGAUCUCGCUUUCCGAGGACUAGAUUAGGAUUGUGUGGUGCUGUAGUUUUGUGUUUACUUAAGCUCAUGUUAUGUAUUACUUUUCUAGGCGUUUGUGUACCAGCUUGUCAAAAUGGUGGCACUUGUGUAAAUUCCAAGUGUCAGUGUAGUCAAGGGCUUUAUGAAGGAAACUACUGUCAAACGGGUAAGAAGGUUUAAGGACAAUUUCCGAACUUUUACUAUUAUUUGUUUGACUUCUCAUAGGUUUAUCUAAACGCCGUUGUCACAACGAGCUUAAUUGAAAACUUUUCAGUUUUAGGUACAACUUGCUAUCCUAAACAAUACUCCUAGUUCGGGCGAUUUAAAAUCCACACAAGUCCUUGCCUAUAGAAAAGAGAUCGAGUACACGAUAAAUUUAGCAAUAGUUUCCUUCCACAUAAUAAAGUUAAGCUAAUGUUUAUAACAUUAGGAGAGGUAACGAUGUCUAAUGUAGAAAGGACUACCACUACGAGGCACUUCAGAGAAAAGAAAGUUUACAAUAUCUCGAGUCCGUUAAUGUCUUAUGUUAGGUAGUGCGUUCUGGUGUGUAGAUCUAAGAUUAUACAGACCAUUAAUUACCCCGGUUUUGAGACAUAAGAAUUACAGUAGAUGUGUAUAACCCACUGUUUUCUUAUCUCAUGCAGCCAUUUGUAAGAUCCCUUGUCAAAACGGUGGAACAUGCGUUAAACCCAACCAGUGUCAAUGCCCGCCCGGGUACAGGAAUAUAUCUUGUGGCCAACGUGAGUAUACACUUCUGCUAUUGGCGCUGAGUGCAGUGAUUUUGUUACAAAUUGCUAUGCUGAAUCGUGGAACUCAUUUCAUGAAAAGUCAUGAGUCCCGUCGAAAAACCGAUGUUUUUAUUGGGAUAUUUUCGUGGGAAUCCCUCUGUUUAUUCGUUGAGAAAUUAAUUCUGGAUCUUUUUUUAACCGCAGAUAAUAUUACUCUCUUGUCAUAAAAUACGUUUUAGUACAAAUUGAUAAUCACAAACAGGACACUUCUUCAAAAUCAUCUUCAGGUCGCUCGAUUGAUCUUAGCAUCCUAAAGGACGCGUGGCGGCGUUUAUUAUUUUGCGCCCUUGGAAAUUCCAUGCGUCAGGGUCUUGGAACAGGAAAUAACAAAAUCACAGCUGAGUUUAGUGUUUUAUAUAAUAAAUUACUGGCAUAUGAUCGGUCACUUGCUUUGUUUAUUUCUACAGCUGUUUGCCAGAAAUUCUGUCAAAAUGGUGGAAAAUGCAUUGGUCCAAACAAGUGCCAAUGCCAACCGGGGUAUUCCGGACAGUGGUGUGAAAUUUGUAAGUACCAACAGGUUAUAUACCAGCGGCAUAAUAUUUCUAAAGAGUGGAGCUCUUUAUAGCCCUAUUCACGCAAACAAGUCAUUAUCUGUGUGGAAGUUUCACUUAAAGAGAAGCAUACUGUUUUAAUUUGCAUACCAUAAGAGCGCCAUUUUUAAACUCCUUUGAUUUGGCCAUUUUUUUACGAUGGCGUCAUUUUACUACGACGACCAUAGAAUCCUUUUCGUUUACUCUCCCGUAUUUAUAUUUGAUUAUCCCAGCGAGGUUUAAAUAACAAAAGCCCUGGUUUGCACAAGCAACCAAAAUCCUGAAGGAUUCUGGUGGCAGUAGUAAAUGACGUCAUCAUGUCCUAUUAACGUUUCGUUGCCUAGGUUCAGCGGCGCUUUAUCUCAACACAUCCUCUUUUUCGUGCAGCGCGAUUUAAGGGCAUCUUCUAAGCGUCAUGAAAUAUCGCUGACUUAUCUCCUUAAGAUCGGAAAAUAUACUUCUGAAAACUGACACUUGAUUGGCUUUGUUAUUUUUCAGCUACAUGCAAACCAGACUGUCUUAAUGGUGGCACCUGUGUUAAUAGUCAGUGUCGCUGCGCUCCCGGUUAUUCAGGACCUUACUGUGGCAUAGGUAAGACAGGAAAACUUCAAUGA